UCUGUACAUCGUCAUAAAUUUCUAUUUUUUCUCUACCUGGGAAAUUAGAAGAAAAGCAAUCCACUCGCUUUAAUCCCGAUCGGAUCCCUCUUCCGUCCUCUCGAUCUCUGCUCCAGCGACUGCCACUCUGGGACCAAGUCCGCGACUCCUGCCACUCGCGCGAUCGGCCCCCUGAAAACUUGAGCAAUAUGAGUUCUGUUUGUCCAUUUGCUAGAGGAGCUUCUGCUGAUGGUGGCUGCGCUAUGAAACAUGAGGAGAAUCACAGUCAACAACAGGCAAAGUGUGAUGAUAAUGUAGAUACAAAGAACAGUGGUACUGCUUCUAUUGAUGUUGGCUGUCCUAUGAAACAUGAGGGCGAUUACAAUAAACAUCAAGCAGACUGUGAUGAUAAAGCAGAUACAAAAAGCAAUGAUUCUGCUGUAGUAUCUCCGAAAUGUCCCUUUGGAUAUGAUUCUCAUACAUUUAAGCUUGGUCCUCUAAGCUGCAUGAUUUGCCAAGCAUUGCUUUAUCAAAGUAGCAAAUGCUUGCCCUGUGCCCAUAAAUUCUGCAAAGCAUGCAUCUCUCGCUUUAAGGAUUGUCCAUUGUGUGGUGCUGACAUAGAGAAGAUUGAGCCUGACACAGAUCUUCAGGUCACUGUUGAUCGCUUCAUUAAUGGCCACGCUAGAAUCAAGAGAGUGAAUGCAGAUGGGCAAGAAGUAGAUGGACAGAAAAAUGUGAUAUAUGGGGAUGUUUCUAUGGAGAGGGGGGCUUUUCUAGUGCAACAAGCUAUGAGGGCUUUCCGUGCACAGAAUAUAGAAAGUGCAAAAUCAAGACUUAGUCUUUGUGCAGCGGAUAUCCGGGAACAAUUACAGACAUCAGACAACACAUCAGAGUUAUGUUCACAACUUGGGGCUGUCCUAGGAAUGCUAGGGGACUGCUGUCGAGCAAUGGGUGAUACUGGUUCAGCAGUUACUUGUUAUGAAGAGAGUGUUGAAUUCCUUUCAAAGUUGCCUGCAGAAGAUCUGGAGUUGGUACACACGCUAUCAGUUUCAUUGAAUAAAAUUGGAGAUCUUCGGUAUUAUGAUGGAGACCUAAAAUCUGCAAAAACUUAUUACACACAAUCUUUGAAUGUUCGUCGAAAUGCAGUCAAAGAGCAUCCUAAUGUAUCUUCCCAGGUUGUUGAUGUUGCAAUUUCUCUUGCCAAAGUUGCCGAUGUGGAUAGGAAUCUUGGCAGCGAGGAUGUGGCAGUUGAUGGAUUUGAGGAAGCCAUAGAAUGCCUAGAAUCUCUGAAGUUGGAUUCCAAUGAAGCUGGUUUAGAGCAACGGCGUCGCUCUGUACUCGAUUUCUUGCACAGCCAGCUUGCUGACAAACACACCCCCGUCUCGGACUCUUCUGUCUGAGGAGACUGCCAAAGACACGAGUGAUGCAUCAUGAACAUCUGGAUCUGUGCAAUCAUGGUAAUGAAUAGCGCGCGUGCGCACGAGAUAUAUAAACUAGGCAUAUUCUCUGCUGUGUUUCCCACCUGGCACAUAAUACCUUGCCACUCAUGGUGAGGGUCUAUUGAAGUGUGAUAUUAAGCAUAUGCUACAUGGUCAUUUAGAUCAAGCACAUUCCUAGGGCCUGGUAGCCUUGUGGCAUGUUCCUAUUGAAGCGAUAUUAAGCAUAUGCCCCUAUCCUUCACCUGAUUUUUUGUUCGAAAUGUAUGAAAUACAUAAAGGCCAAUUAUGACUUGGCAUUUGUAUUCAUAAUGCACUUGGUUGUAACUUGGAUCUGUCAGAAAAUAAUACCAGACCUUCAGCAAGGUAGUCUUGAAUCAGCUAUA